AUGGGUACUGUUUGUGUAAAAAAGCAACGACCUUCAAAAUCUCUAAACACAAAAGCUUAGACUUCUUAAAACAAAGAAAAUUAACCUUAACAACUGGGACAACCACCCUAAUAAACUAAUUUGAUUAAAGUGAAAGAAAACUCAUCUAAAUAACUAUUUUUAAGUGAUGUAAUAUCAAAUAUUUAUAAUAUAGUUUACAACUCCUAGGACAGAUAUGAAUGAAAAAUCUAUUCAAAGUAAAAGUGAACUUACUAAAGUUGAACCUCUAAAAUUUCAUACCUCACUUAAAGAAUCUGAUAAUAAUUAUUAUUUAAAUGAAGAUGCUCCAGAUUUAGAUAUAACUAAUUAGGUAUCAGAACCAUUAAUCUCAAACAAUAAAGUUCUGAAGAUUUUAAAAUCUUUAUAACCUUUUACAUAUGAUUUGGAUUAUGAUAAAAAUUUUAUUGAUUGCAUAUCUUUACCUCCAUAAGUAAGAUUCAUACCAAGUAUUUUAGAAAUUUAUAAAUACUGGCAUUAUAUAUGUAGGAUAAUGGAAGAAUAAAUAAAAAUAAGGCAGAGGACGUUAAUUUUGGCCUGAUGGUACUUAUUAUGAAGGAUAUUGGUAAAAUCAUGGAGCAAGUGGGAAAGGCAGAUUGAUUCACCCAGAUGGAUCUUAUUAUGUAAAUUUUAGGUUUUCUAAAUUUACAGGAAGGUAAUUGGAUGGAUGAUUUACAAUCAGGAUUUGGGAAAUUUGUAGAUAAUGAGGGUAAUUAUUAUGAAGGAGAAUGGAAGCAUGAUGAAAAGGAUGGUUAUGCUAUUGAAUAUUGGAUAUCAGGAGAUUAAUAUUAAGGCUAAUAUCUUUGUGGUAUGAAAAAUGGUAAAGGUAAGUAUUUAUGGGCAAAUGGUAAUAGUUAUGAAGGAACUUAUGUAAAAGAUUAGAUUCAAGGUAUGGGAACAUACAAAUGGCCAGAUGGUCAAGAGUAUACUGGUGAGUGGUUUUAGAAUUAAAUGCAUGGUAAAGGUACAUUUAAAUGGCCUAACGGUAAUAAAUAUAUUGGAGAGUAUAAAGAAGAUAAGAAAGAUGGAUAAGGAAUUUUUUAUUUCUCAGAUGGUAGAACAUUCAAGGGAACUUGGAUUUAAGGUAAAUAACAUGGAGUUGGUGUACUUACAGAAUUGGAUGGAAAAGAAGCUGUUGGAAUUUGGGAUAAAGGAAAGUUAGUUUCAAAAGAAUGAUU